GUUUGCUUCAUGGAUACUACGGACGUGGCCAGGCAUCGCCUGAUUCAUGAUUGAGGCCUGCAAGGCCUGCGGCAAGGCUGGUGAUAUUUGCUUGAACCAUGAGGCUGAGGCAUAAGCAAACAAGGAAGGUUUCCCGACCAGCGAAUCCCAAGAACUGGAAGCCCGGGUUGCAGUGGCUGGGGCAUCUCCAUCUGCGGCUACUUGCUACCUACUGUGCAAGAUCAGCGUUGGCAAGGAUCGGAAAUCCACCGCACCGUGGUACUGGGAAAACAGUCUCUUCAUAGUAGAUUGUUGAAAAUGCACGCGGUCGCGCCAAUAAUGCCUGAUGGUGCCGGGAUACAGCGCAUCGAGGUCAUGAAUCAUGCAGAUGAAUCGAUCCGGCAAGAUGCAGGCGUCAAAGGAGGGGUGUCCAAUCGCCCUCAGGUUCUCAGCCCCGGCAACGAACCCUGCACUCAGUCACCGCCAACUUUCGGAUAGAGGAUUUCUCUCGGUACCCGGGUAGUAAACAGCAACAAUGGUGCAAGUUGUCUUUCGCUUGUGGCCAAAUCGACCUUUUCAAAGCUGCCUAUGUUUCCCAGCCAUUUUGAAAAUUAUUGACGCGGUGGUGCUAAUCUCAUUCACAGUCUACUGGUGAAAUCGUGGUGGCAGGAGGAGGAGGUUGGGAUUCUUGGUCGGCCACUGCAAAAGCCCUUGUCCUCCGGCUCAACCCUGAAUUCUAUUCUCACUGCUUCCUGUCUUUCUUGCUGUACAUUUCUGCAGUCUACUUGGUAGAGAGAAAGUAUACUUCUACACAAUCGCAUUGUUGUUGCUUGUCCGUCGUUGCAGGCAGAGAAAUCCCUCGAUAAUUCACUUCAAAAGUACUCCCACCGCUAUUCAUGCGAACAUAACGCACAGACUACCAUCGCAUUGACCGGCAGCUGAGGCCACCAUAACAUCUGUGCUUCGAAAAUGCGGCUCCACGAGAUGCCUUCUUCUCUGUCCUGGCUCGUCGCAGCGAUCCUGCUCAGCGAACCCGUCUCCGCAUCCUUCCUCCCCGACCUGCUCCACAGCUUCGAAGAUCUCCAGAAUGUGCAAAAGAGAUGCGAGAGUCCUUGCGGAUACUAUGGACUCCUGUGCUGCGGAGCUGGCGAAGUUUGCUAUACUGAUGCCAACAACCAAGCCCAGUGUGGUGCUGGGCCGACCACUACCGCCGCAGCCGUCGGCGGAAGCGGACAAUGGCAAUAUUAUACUACAACCUACGUGGAGACGGAUCUCAAAACGGUGACCCAGACAUUCAGCUCAUAUAUCCCCGCCAGUACGAAGAGCUGUUCCUACUCCCUCGGCGAAACUGCUUGCGGAAAUGUCUGUUGCUUAUCAGGUCAAUACUGCCAGUCUUCCGGAGUCUGCGUGGCCGUCGGAGGAGGUAGCUCAGGCUAUUAUAGCAGCCUCUACACGGUAACUACAGUCGUCACGAAUACCGCCAGCGCACCUCUUCGGCCCACAAGCAACACCUUGGUCACCGUCACUUCCCAGGUCGGUAGUGCCACCACCACGCAACCCUUUGUGACUCCGGUUGGCACCGGCGGAAGCAUCAUCACUGGCUCGACGUCUACCUCAAGUGGAGGACUGAGCGGAGGUGCCAUCGCAGGCAUAGUGAUUGGCGUUAUUGCAGGCAUCAUCCUCUUGCUCUUGCUCUGCGCCUGCCUAUGCUUCAAGGGGUUGAUCGAUGGAUUGUUGGCCAUCUUCGGUUUGGGUCCGCGACGAAAACGGCGGACUGUAGAGGAAGAAGUCUAUGUGGAACGGCAUCAUCGAAGCGGGCGAGGAGGGAGAACAGGUGGAAGAACAUGGUUUGGCCAGAGACCAGCAAGAACCGAAGUGGUGGAGGAGAAGAGGUCCAGCGGAAUAGGCAAGGCCGGAUGGGUGGCUGCGACCCUUGGUGGCCUUGCUUUAUUCUUGGGGUUGAAGAGACGAAGGGAUCGGAGGGACGACAAAAGCAGCUCCGGUUACGGCAGCUCGUACUACUACUCGGAUUACACCGUCUCAAGUAGCGAAAGCUCAUCAGACCGAAGAACGAGGCGGAGUAGCAGAUCAAGGUCGAGACGAUGAAAUAAUUCAUGCUUUGAGUUGUGAUGUUCUUUUAGCGGGGCAUUUUGAGGGGCGUGCAUUUUGGACUGGCGAACAUCGACCUGCAUCGGGUGGCUCCCUGUGGGCAGGGCAGAGACCAUCGUCAAGGACUUUACUUGGACAUAAUGAAACUGAAAGCGGAAGAACAAUGUACAGAUUUUGAGACGUCUAGUAUUUGUCUAUGGCAGCAAAGAUCGGCUUUGAUGGGGUGUAGUUGUAGUCAAGUCGAAAUGAGAUCUGAAUGCUAAGCUGGCUGAAUAAGCGGGUACUACAAUGUUUAGCCAAAGCCUAUUCACCCUAUUCACUCCA